AAAAAAGAGAAGUGUUGCAAGUAAUACAUAGAUUUUAUUUUGAAAAACAAGUUUUAUAAAUUGAGAUUUGCCAAAGCUUAGUGGAAAAAAAAUUCAUACGUAGUAUGGAGUACAUAUUACUUUCAAACAACCACAAGUGUAUGGGAAAAUAUAGCAUUUAAAAAUAACACAACCAAAGUUACCAGAAAAACAACAUAUAGCCAAAUAGGGGCUAGAAUUGGAUGGAGCAAAUUUCCCACAAUUCCUGUAAUGUCGCCAACCAAAUGGAUUUUGUAAAAAAAAAAAAAAAAAAAAAAAAAAAAAAAAAAAAAAAAAAAAAACUCUUUCCUUUCAAUUCCAGUUUUUUUCUUUCUCCAAAAGCAUUUUUAUUAUUUUUGAGGCCUCUUUCAAUUUGAGGCUCUCCUGCCUUCAACCACCCAAAAAUAAAAAACACACAAAAUUGAAGAAAAAACAAGGCAAAUCUUACAAAAAAUAAAAAAAAAAUAAAAAAAAAUGAUCAAAUCAAUGCAUUGGAUGAAUAAAAAAACAGCAAAAAACAUUCACAAAUUAGAGCAAAAACUAAAAAUUGUAGAAGGUCCUAGAUCAUUACCUUCUUCUUCCUCCAACAACAUUUUACAUAUUUUUGGCUAGAAGAUUAAAUGGCCAUUACAUCAUACCAAAUUUUGAAGCCACAUUUUUUAUUACCAUAUUUUCUUUUCAUCACCUUAUUUUCUUCAAGAACACAUUCCAUAUCCGAUGUAGAAGCCUUAUUAAAGUUUAAAAGCUCGUUAUCGACACCCGAAGCUCUCAACACAUGGGAUCCAAACACCGGCCCUUGCCUAGACAAGAACGCACGUUGGAAUGGCAUUGUUUGUUUGGAUGGCAGUGUCAUUGGCCUACACUUAAAAUCCAAGGGAUUAUCCGGCAACAUCGACGUUGAUGCAUUGGCUAGCCUACAAGGCUUACGCACUAUUAGCUUGGAGGACAACAAGUUUUCCGGCCCCAUGCCCGAGCUUAAUCGCUUAGGAGCCUUAAAGGCGAUAUACUUAAAUAACAACAACUUUACCGGACAAAUUUCUCCGGAUUUUUUCUUAAAGAUGGAGUCACUAAAGAAACUUUGGUUAGCUAAUAAUGCGUUCUCGGGUGAUAUUCCAUCGUCGUUAACACAACUACGUAACCUCCUUGUGUUGCGCCUCGAAAACAACCAGUUUUCGGGUGAGAUACCCCCUCUUAAGCAACCGCCUUUGGUAUCUUUAAACUUGUCAAACAACCAACUACGAGGCGAAAUUCCUAUGAGUCUUUUACAUUUUAAGGCCUCAUCCUUUGAAGGAAAUCCCAAGCUUUGCGGUGAGGUUAUUGGGGUAGAUUGCAUUACCAUAAUUAGUAACAAUAAUCAGUCAAUAUCACAAAACUCGACGGCACCUCAAGGCGGGUUUAGUAAUUUUAAUAAACCUCACAAUAAUAAACACUUUGCCGGGGUGAUGGCCUUGGCUAUUAGUGUUAUUUUGGUGCUUUUGUCGUUUAUGAUUAUCUUGAUUUUUGUUAUGAAGAAGAGAAGGGUGUAUAAAGAUGAUAUCCCUAAUACAACACCCCAAAAUAAUGAUGACACCAAUUCUAUUGCGACGACCUCAACCACCACCACACCUAACACGAGAAGCAAAGACGGUAUCAAUGAGAGGGCGAUAGAGGUAGGCGCCGUGGAACCCAUUUUGCAAAAGAAUUCAAGCCAUUCUUCUUCUACUCAUUCUUCUACGUCGAGUAAGAGGAGCAACAACUCGGAAAGAUCAUCAAGAAAAAGCUCGGGAAAAGGUAGUAGCAAUCGCGGAGUGCCUAAUAGUGUAGGUGGUUUAGGCCAAGGAGAUCUUACAAUGGUGAAUGAUGAAAAAGGUGUGAUUGUGUUGGCGGAUUUGAUGAAAGCAUCGGCAGAAGUGCUAGGAAAUGGCGGUAUAGGUUCGGCCUAUAAGGCGAUCAUGGGUAAUGGAUUAGGGGUAGUAGUUAAGAGGAUGCGCGAGCUAAAUAGAUUGGAGAGUGAUGCAUUUGAUGUGGAGAUUAGGAAGUUGGCUAGUUUGAGACAUAGGAAUAUUUUGCCUCCUUUGGCUUAUCAUUAUAGGAAAGACGAGAAGCUUGUUGUUUAUGAGUACGUUGCCAAAGGCAGCUUGCAUUAUCUUCUACAUGGUGAUCGAGGAAUAUCUCACGAGGAACUAAAUUGGCCAACACGUCUAAAGAUCAUCAGAGGAACAACAGAAGGCCUAUAUUACCUCCACUCUCAACUACAAUCCUAUGACUUGCCUCAUGGCAACCUUAAAUCCAGCAACAUUUUGAUUGACACACAAAAUGAGCCAUUGCUCUCGGAUUAUGGCUUUAGUCCAAUGACUAAUCCAAGUGUCGCGGCACAAGCAUUAUUUGGCUAUCGAGCCCCAGAAGCCAUACAACACCAAACAAUAUCUCCUACGUGUGAUAUCUACUGCCUAGGAGUAGUCAUUCUCGAGAUCCUCACGUGCAAAUUCCCUUCUCAAUACCUUAGCACAACCAAGGGUGGCACUGAUGUUGUGCAAUGGGUGACUUCGGCCAUAGAAGAAGGUAGAGAAGUUGAACUGCUUGAUCCUGAUAUUGUGUCACAUUCGACGAGUUGUAAGGAGAGCAUGGUGAAGAUGCUUCACGUAGGGGUUGCUUGCACUGAACCUAAUCGCGAUAAAAGGCUGAAUUUGACAGAAGUAAGGGAGAGAAUAGAAAGGGUAUGAGUUCAAGAUGAUGGAGGUCUAGAUCUAAAGACUAUUGAUCUUUUGUAAAGUUACUGAUAUCUUAUGACCCUGUAGAAGUUGUGUUUUAUGCAAAAUUCAUUUGACCUUAUGGAUUUGUACCUUACAUCUUUACUCAAAUCGACAUUGAUCUCGUGCUCUUUGAGUAUCAUGAUGUAACUGUAGACAACUGUAUCGAAAACAGUUCAAAGGGAAGCUCGGUACAUACAGUUCAGAAGAUUUCUAAUUCAACUCAACAUCUAGGUGUAAUUUGUUGUUGUAUCAUCUAUAAUUUGUAUACCAAGAUA